CAUGUGAUCCCAGUAGGUGUUCCAGAGAGGGAGGGGAAACAAAGCGAUAUAUGUCUACAACACGAGUUGGUAGAACAUGACUACUGUCAUUAUUCCUGUUACUGCUGCAAUACUACGUUAUCAUCCUGCCCACCAAGCAGUAUAGCCCGGUCCUGUCGUUGCCGAUUGACUGCCUGCAGAGACAAAUAAAGACAUCGAGAGGCUCCAGAGCGGGUCCCGCUGCGCGGCGAGAGAACAAACAAGAGACAAACAGGCAGCAGCAACUAUAGAAGGACAAACAGGCAGCAGCUGCUAUAGAAGGAGACGGCAUCGCACAUUAUUUGAUAUCUUAUUCAGACAUGGUGGAUACCCAGCUCCUCGCAUGGCCAAUGGGCAUCAGUCUGACCCCUGUACACCUGGAGGAGCUUGAUGACAGUUCUCACUCUCUGGAUAUGAAACCAUUCACCACCCUGGACUACACUAGCCUGGACUACGAACACGGACCCACCAUCUCCAGCUACAGACCCACCCAGGCCCACCACUACCAAUCCAGCAACAGCCCCAGACCCACCCAGGCCCACCACUACCAAGCCAGCCACAGCCCCAGACCCACGCAGGCCCACCACUACCAACCCAGCUACAGCCCCAGACCCACGCAGGCCCACCACUACCAAGCCAGCCACAGCCCCAGGCCCACACAGGCCCACCACUACCAACCCAGCUACAGCCCCAGUCACCUCAGCCCUAGACCUGGCCAGGGUUACCAGCCCUCCCCCAGCCCUGGCUCCAGUCCUGCCCUAGGCCACCACCUUGCAUACAUGGACCACAUGUACAACCACAGCCAGGUUCAGGAGGGACACGGUGAGACCUGUUGUAUAAAGCUGGAGCCAGAGUCUCCUCCCCAGCAUCCAGACAGCAGUCCUCUCUACUCCAAGCUACAGGACGACACCACCGCUUCCCUACUCAACAUAGAGUGUCGAGUAUGUGGAGACAAAGCUUCUGGCUUCCACUACGGAGUCCAUGCCUGUGAAGGCUGCAAGGGGUUCUUCCGUCGGACCAUCCGGUUGAAGCUGGUUUAUGACCACUGUGACCUGCACUGUCGCAUCCACAAGAAGAGCCGCAACAAGUGUCAGUACUGUCGCUUUCAGAAGUGCCUGGUGGUGGGCAUGUCUCACAAUGCAAUUCGUUUUGGCCGGAUGCCCCAGGCUGAGAAGGAGAAGCUCCUAGCUGAGUUCUCUACUGACAUUGACACCAUGCACCCUGAGGCUGCCGACCUGAGGAGCCUGGCCAAGCUGCUCCUGGAGUCCUAUCUCAAAUACUUUCCCCUCACUAAGGCCAAGGCCAGGGCCAUCCUAUCUGGAAAGACUGGGGAUAACGCGCCGUUUGUAAUCCAUGACAUGAAGUCUCUUCAGGAAGGACAGAGGUUUAUCAACUGCAGGCAGAUGCCCAUCCAUGUUGUCCAGGAGACCAGGCCUGAGGCUGGGCCUGAGGCUGGGCCUGAGGCUGGGCCUGAGGCUGGGCCUGAGGCUGGGCCUGGGACUGGAGCUGGCUGUGGUCUAGGUAGAUGUCUGGCAGUGAGUGAAGGUCUGGCUGUAGGUGGAGGUCUAGGUGGGGGUGUUGGUCUGGCCCAGGAGCCCACUGACGAGGUGCAGCUCAGGUUCUUCUACAGCUGUCAGUCGCGCUCCGCCGAGGCCGUCCGAGAGGUCACAGAGUUCGCUAAGAGCAUCCCUGGCUUCGUGGGAUUGGACCUGAACGAUCAGGUGACUCUGCUGAAGUACGGCGUCAUCGAGGUGCUCAUCAUCAUGUGGGCUCCGCUCAUGAACAAAGAUGGUACACUGAUCUCCUAUGGACAGAUCUUCAUGACGAGAGAGUUCCUGAAGAGCCUGAGGAAACCCUUCUGUGAUAUGAUGGAACCCAAGUUUGAGUUCUCUGUUAAGUUCAACACCCUGGAGCUGUAUGACAGUGAUAUGGCACUCUUCCUCGCCGUCAUCAUCCUCAGUGGAGAUCGUCCAGGCCUGCUGAAUGUGAAGCCCAUUGAGGAGCUACAGGAAACAGUCCUCCACUCUCUGGAGCUCCAACUGAAACUCAACCACCCAGACUCCCUGCAGCUCUUCGCCAAGGUUCUGCAGAAGAUGACAGACCUGAGGCAGAUAGUAACAGACCACGUGCACCUAAUCCAGCUACUGAAGAAGACUGAAGUGGACAUGUGUCUCCACCCACUGCUGCAGGAGAUCAUGAGAGACCUCUACUAGUAGGGUCAAUAUGAAAUGGCACCCUAUUCCCUAUAUAGUGCACUACUUUUGCGCACUAUAUGAAAUAGUUUUUCAUCCAAGGUAACGGAAAGACACCGGUUGAAAACUUCAUAUGGAUGUGUUAGUCCUAUUGAUGCCACUGAGGAGGCAUAUUGGGGCGGCAGGUAGCCUAGUGGUUAGAGCAUUGGGCCAGUAACCGAAAGGUUGGUGGAUCGAAUUCCCAAGCUGCCAAGGUCAAAAUCUGUCGUUCUGCCCCUGAACAAGGCAGUUAACCGUCAUUGUAAAUAAAAAUGUGUUCUUAACUGACUUGCUUAGUUAAAUAAAGGUAAAAUAAUAAAUAUUGGAAUACUAUAUUAGGGACUAGUAGUUACCUGGCAGAAUGAGAUGUUAACCUGUCUGACGUGAUAGAUGGUCCUAUUGGCACUGUUGAAAAGGAAAAAACACUGUGAUUAUUAUGAGCAUAUCACCACCACCAAUUAAUAUAUGUUAUGCUGUAUGUAGGUGAUAGAUUCUGUUCAUUACAAAUUAAUAUAGGUUCAUUACAGAGUUUAUAAACAAACACAUCUAUAAUAUCAAGAUGUAAGUGUCUUAAAGAUUUAUCCCCAUAGGACCAGAUAGGCUACACUAGGUAACAGGUCCACCUGUCAGAUCUGAUCUCAGUUGACUCACCUGCAACACAUGGUUUCGAUAGUGCUUCUAUAGUGCUUCUAUAGGGUUUCUAUAGGGUUUCUAUAGUGUUUCUAUAGGGUUUCUAUAGGGUUUCUAUAGUGCUUCUAUAGGGUUUCUAUAGGGUUUCUAUAGGGUUGCUAGUGUUUCUAUAGUGUUUCUAUAGUGUUUCUAUAGUGUUUCUAUAGGGUUUCUAUAGUGUUUCUAUAGGGUUUCUAUAGUGCUUCUAUAGGGUUUCUAUAGUGCUUCUAUAGGGUUUCUAUAGGGUUGCUAGUGCUUCUAUAGGGUUCCUAUAGUGUUCCUAUAGUGUUUCUAUAGGGUUUCUAUAGUGUUUCUAUAGGGUUUCUAUAGUGUUUCUAUAGGGUUUCUAUAGUGCUUCUAUAGGGUUUCUAUAUUUCUUCUAUAGUGUUUCUAUAGGGUUUCUAUAGGGUUUCUAUAGGGUUUCUAUAGUGCUUCUAUAGUGCUUCUAUAGGGUUUCUAUAGGGUUUCUAUAGGGUUUCUAUAGUGUUUCUAUAGGGUUUCUAUAGUGCUUCUAUAGGGUUUCUAUAGUGCUUCUAUAGGGUUUCUAUAGUGCUUCUAUAGUGCUUCUAUAGUGCUUCUAUAGGGUUUCUAUAGGUCUUCUAUAUUUCUUCUAUAGUGUUUCUAUAGUGCUUCUAUAGUGUUUCUAUAGUGUUUCUAUAGGGUUUCUAUAGUGUUUCUAUAGGGUUUCUAUAGGGUUUCUAUAGUGUUUCUAUAGUGUUUCUAUAGGGUUUCUAUAGGGUUUCUAUAGUGCUUCUAUAGGGUUUCUAGUGCUUCUAUAGUGUUCCUAUAGUGUUCCUAUAGUGUUUCUAUAGGGUUUCUAUAGGGUUUCUAUAGGGUUUCUAUAGUGUUUCUAUAGGGUUUCUAUAGGGUUGCUAGUGCUUCUAUAGGGUUCCUAUAGGGUUCCUAUAGGGUUCCUAUAGGGUUUCUAUAGGGUUUCUAUAGGGUUUCUAUAGGGUUUCUAUAGUGUUUCUAUAGUGUUUCUAUAGGGUUUCUAUAGUGUUUCUAUAGUGUUUCUAUAGUGUUUCUAUAGGGUUCCUAUAGUGUUCCUAUAGUGUUUCUAUAGUGUUUCUAUAGGGUUUCUGUAGUGUUUCUAUAGGGUUCCUAUAGUGUUUCUAUAGUGUUUCUAUAGGGUUUCUAUAGUGUUUCUAUAGGGUUCCUAUAGUGUUUCUAUAGUGUUUCUAUAGUGUUUCUAUAGGGUUCCUAUAGUGUUUCUAUAGGGUUUCUAUAGGGUUUCUAUAGGGUUUCUAUAGUGUUUCUAUAGGGUUUCUAUAGGGUUGCUAGUGCUUCUAUAGGGUUCCUAUAGGGUUCCUAUAGGGUUUCUAUAGGGUUUCUAUAGGGUUUCUAUAGGGUUUCUAUAGGGUUUCUAUAGUGUUUCUAUAGUGUUUCUAUAGGGUUUCUAUAGUGUUUCUAUAGUGUUUCUAUAGUGUUUCUAUAGGGUUCCUAUAGUGUUCCUAUAGUGUUUCUAUAGUGUUUCUAUAGGGUUUCUGUAGUGUUUCUAUAGGGUUCCUAUAGUGUUUCUAUAGUGUUUCUAUAGGGUUUCUAUAGUGUUUCUAUAGGGUUCCUAUAGUGUUUCUAUAGUGUUUCUAUAGUGUUUCUAUAGUGUUCCUAUAGUGUUUCUAUAGUGUUUCUAUAGGGUUUCUAUAGGGUUUCUAUAGGGUUUCUAUUGGGUUCCUAUAGUGUUUCUAUAGGGUUUCUAUAGGGUUUCUAUAGGGUUUCUAUAGGGUUCCUAUAGUGUUUCUAUAGUGUUUCUAUAGGGUUUCUAUAGUGUUUCUAUAGGGUUCCUAUAGUAUUUCUAUAGUGUUUCUAUAGGGUUCCUAUAGUGUUUCUAUAGGGUUCCUAUAGUGUUUCUAUAGUGUUUCUAUAGGGUUUCUAUAGUGUUUCUAUAGGGUUCCUAUAGUGUUUCUAUAGUGUUUCUAUAGGGUUUCUAUAGUGUUCCUAUAGUGUUCCUAUAGUGUUCCUAUAGUGUUCCUAUAGUGUUUCUAUAGUGUUUCUAUAGUGUUUCUAUAGUGUUCCUAUAGGGUUUCUAUAGUGCUUCUAUAGGGUUUCUAUAGGGUUUCUAUAGGGUUUCUAGUGCUUCUAUAGGGUUUCUAUAGGGUUUCUAUAGGGUGUGAGCUCAUUAUGUAAGAUAAAUAUACUAUAUUGUGCUUCAUAUGAUAUUUUGAAUAAUUUGCCAGCUGUAAUUUGUAUUUUGUAUACAAUGAAUGUGUGAAAUAAAAGCCAUAUAAAUAAAUACAUAUUUUUGUACAUGCGUAGAUGGAUAAAUAAAUACAAAAUACACCUUAGUAUAAAAUGCUGUACUUGUUGUAUUUCAAAUACAGUAUUUUUCAGAUUUUGAUGAUAUUUGCUACUAUUUUUUGUUGUUGAAACAGACAUUUUUAUUUUCAAAGUGCAAAUGGACUGUUUUUUGCAUUUUAAAAAAACAGUUUGUAGACUCUUGAAACUUGUCAAAAUAUGUAAAUAAAUAUUUUCUAUGUCUC